UGCCGUCGUGACCGUCUUUUCCUUUGUCACUGUGAGAGUACAAUCUUGUUAAAGUUAGUCAGAAUGGCCGCCACUUUUUAUUCCCUCUUCCUGGUUCUGAUGUCCAUCCCGAUUGUCCUGUCCUCCCUCCAGUCAAACGAACGUCGCGUGGUGGCCUACGUGCCUGGCGACUUGAUCAUUGGUGCUUUGUUCUCCGUCCACCACCAGCCAGCAGCAGACCGUGCGCACGAGCGCAAGUGCGGAGCGGUGCGUGAGCAAUACGGCAUCCAGCGCGUGGAAGCCAUGAUGCUGACCCUUGACCGGAUCAACGCCGACCCGGACAUCCUACCCAACGUCACGCUCGGCUGCGAGAUACGUGACUCCUGUUGGCACUCUGCCGUGGCGCUCGAGCAGAGCAUCGAGUUUAUACGCGACUCGCUCAUUGCCGCCGAAAGCCCCACAGUCUCUCCGCUCGAUCCCAUUUCCGAAGACUCGCCAAGCGGGGGUGGGGUCAAGUGUGCAGAAGGACUGCCCCCCAAGGGAAAGAAGCCCAUCGUUGGCUUGAUCGGACCUGGCUCGAGUUCGGUCGCAAUUCAGGUGCAGAACCUACUGCAGCUGUUCAACAUUCCUCAGAUCGCUUACUCGGCUACCAGCAUGGACCUGAGCGACAAAUCGCUGUAUAAGUACUUUAUGAGGGUUGUGCCGUCUGACGCGCAGCAGGCCAGAGCCAUGGUGGACAUCGUCAAACGCUACAACUGGAGUUACGUCUCCACCAUUCACACAGAGGGUAACUACGGUGAAAGCGGGAUGGCGGCGUUUAAGGAGAUGGCGCUGAAAGAAGGGAUCUGCAUCGCGCACUCUGAUAAGAUCUGGAGUAACGCGGGCGAACAGAGCUUCGACCGUCUGCUGGCGAAGCUGCGAGGUCGUCUGCCCAAGGCGCGCGUGGUGGUGUGUUUCUGCGAGGGCAUGACCGUCCGCGGCAUCCUCAUGGCCAUGAGACGUCAGAACCUCGCCGGGGAGUUCAUGCUCGUUGGCAGUGACGGAUGGGCAGACCGGUACGAUGUGACCGACGGGUACGUGCGCGAGGCUGCGGGUGGAAUCACGAUCAAACUGCGAUCCUUGGACGUGAAGUGGUUUGACGAUUACUAUUUAAAGUUACGUCCUGACAACAAUCAGCGCAACCCGUGGUUCCCCGAGUUCUGGCAGCAUCGUUUUCACUGCAGACUGAAAGGUCAUCUGCAGGAGGACCCGAACUACAACCGGACCUGUAGCAAGCGUGAUUCUCUGCGGCAGCAGUACGCUCAGGACACCAAGAUGGGGUUUGUCAUCAAUGCGAUCUACAGCAUGGCAUAUGGGCUUCAUAAGAUGCAGAAAGCUCUCUGUCCUAGCAUGGCGGGACUCUGUGAUGCCAUGCGGCCAAUCGACGGUUCCAAGUUGCUCGACUUUCUAAUGAAGACCAAUUUCACAGGCGUCAGUGGAGAGACCAUCUACUUUGAUGAGCAUGGAGAUUCACCUGGAAGCUAUGUGAUCAUGAACUUUAAGAAGAUGGGGAAAGACUACUACGACUACACUGUCGUGGGCAGUUGGGACAACAGCGGACUGCAGAUAGAUGAUGAUGAAAUCUGGCCGAACAAAGAUGGCAUGAUUAAGUCAGUCUGCAGUGAGCCCUGCGAUAAAGGACAAAUCAAGGUGAUCCGUAAGGGCGAGGCGAGCUGCUGUUGGACGUGCACCCCCUGUAAAGAAAAUGAGUUUGUGUUCGAUGAGUACACCUGCCGCGCCUGUGAACUCGGAUCCUGGCCUACCGAUGACCUCACAGGUUGUGACCCCAUCCCGAUCGAGUACCUGCACUGGGGUGAUCCGGAGCCGAUUGCAGCGGUCGUUUUCUCCUGCCUCGGUCUCCUGGUGACGUUCUUCGUGGCAGCCGUGUUCGUAGUAUACCGCGACACGCCGGUAGUGAAGUCGUCGAGCCGUGAGCUCUGCUACGUCAUCCUGUUCGGCAUCGGCCUGGGAUACAUCUGCACCUUCUGCCUGAUCACUAAACCUCGCAUCAUUUCCUGCUUCCUGCAGCGCCUCGGUGUCAGCCUGGCGCCCGCCCUGAGCUACUCGGCUCUCGUCACCAAGACCAACCGUAUCGCACGCAUCCUGGCAGGGAGCAAGAAGAAAAUCUGCACUAAGAAGCCGCGCUUCGUUAGCUCGUGCGCCCAGCUAGCCAUUUCCUCCUUCCUAGUCAUGGUGCAGCUCGGCAUCAUCGUCACGCUGCUCGUCCUGGAGCCGCCGGACGUCAUCUUCCACUAUCCAUCUAUCCGAGAGGUCAGGCUCAUCUGCAACACUAGCAACCUGGGCGUGGUGGCGCCGCUCGGCUAUAACGGCGUACUAAUUCUCAGCUGCACCUUUUACGCAUUCAAGACGCGCAACGUGCCGGCGAACUUUAACGAAGCCAAGCACGUGGCGUUCACCAUGUACACCACUUGCGUCAUCUGGCUGGCGUUCGUACCCAUCUACUUCGGCUCGGACUACAAGAUCGUGACCACGUGCUUCUCCGUCAGCCUGAGCGGAACCGUGGCUCUCGGCUGCAUGUUCGCACCCAAAGUCUACGUCAUCCUGGCCAAGCCUGAGCGUAACGUGCGGAGCGCUUUUACCACCUCGACAGCCGUGCGCAUGCACGUGGGGCGGGGCAAGAAGACACCGCCGCCCACCAGCAGCCUCGCCAACUUGUGGAAGAGACACCCCUCGUCUGGGGACACGCUCAGCUCUAACGGUAAAUCAGUGACGUGGGCUCAGACGGAGCGCAACUCCAAAGGUGGCCACCUGUGGCAGCGUCUCUCCUUUCACAUCAAAAAGCGCGAGAACAACCAGACGGCCGUGAUCAAACCUUUCUCCAAGGCGUCGGAGGAUGUCACGUCUGAAAGCGCUACGGAUAAAAUGCUUUACGAAGUCUCAGAGAGCGAGGAGCGAUAUCCGAUAACGUAUCGGCCGCAGACUCCGUCACCGAUCAGCACCGUGAGUCAGAGGACGGGGGAAAUUCUAGCGCGGAACCAAGGCGCCGAUGAUGAACAGAUCAUUAGCGUUUCCUCGUACGUCAGCCAGUCAUCCCGUACAGAGAGCGGCUCAUGUGCAGGAGCCGCGGUAUCCGGCGGAGGCGGGGUCGCGAGUGGAGCCGUGGGAAUAGUUGGAGUUUCCAGCUCAUCCCAGGGCUCGCUAAUGGAGCAAAUCAGCUGUGUUGUGAACCGUUUCACUGCUAACAUUAGUGAACUGAACAGCAUGAUGCUGUCAACUUCACCGCCACGCUCUUCUAAAGUCCCACACCCUUACUUCCUGUCCCGAGACAUGUCCAUGCCUGCCACCAUGACGACCUAUGCUGAAAUUCAACCCCUUCCACCUGUGGAGUCAAACGGGGGCCGUGCACCGGCUUCCUGCCCCCUCGGCGGUCCUUCUGCCGUUAAAGAGAAGACUUUGGAAACGCCGGCACCCGAGCCCCAAGCUUUGAAAAGUGAAAUGGAGGAAAUUCUCACGCUAACGCCGCCGUCACCAUUUAGAGAUUCUGUGGCAUCAGAAAGCGUCUCAAAUUCUCCUGCCUCUGGCUCGUCCCCCAAAUACGAGUGCUUGGUACUGCGGCAUUACAGCCAGAGCUCCUCGUCCUUGUAAAGACCUUGGAGGCAAGAAUGUGCAGAGAAUAUUAAUACAAGAUAUAAGAUAAUGGUUUUCUGGUGUGCGUGUUUACAUGUUGUCACUGUUAAAUUUGGCGAAGAGCCAGAGCAACUCGUCCUUAAGUGGACUGUCCAGACAAGACAUGGAAAAUGAGGCAAUGAAUGUGGAAAUAAUUAUAAAUUGAGGAGAGAUUAAUGAAUAAUGGCAUUUUAGGGAGGAUAUAAGGACCUUAGGGAUAAGAAAAGGAAGAAGGAGGAUGUGAAUAUUCAGAUGAGAACUGAUGAAAGAGGAGGGUAAUGCUGAAAUCAAUGAAUAAUGGCAUCCCAGAGGAGGUAAUACAAACACAAGUGCAGAACCACAGCCAGUUCUCUAGAACCUUAGACUCAGGCAAGCGGGACGGUGUGAUAUCGAAAUGAUUAAUAAUAUCCUGGAAGUAGAGAUACUGUAUGCAUUUUCUUUUCCAUAUUUGCAUGCUUGUGCCAACAGACAGAUAUUACAGGAAUUUACUGAUUUUAUAGGUGUAGAGUUGAAAAAUGAAGG